AUGGCCGAGCCGCCGGCGGCGCCGGGCCCCGAGGGCGAGGAGGGCCCGGUGCGCUUCGCCCGCAAGGGCGCCCUGCGGCAGAAGAACGUGCACGAGGUGAAGAACCACAAGUUCACGGCGCGGUUCUUCAAGCAGCCCACCUUCUGCAGCCACUGCACCGACUUCAUCUGGGGCUUCGGCAAGCAGGGCUUCCAGUGUCAAGUUUGCUGCUUCGUCGUGCACAAGCGGUGCCAUGAGUUUGUUACCUUCUCCUGCCCCGGUGCUGAUAAAGGCCCUGCCUCGGAUGAUCCCCGGAGCAAACACAAAUUUAAAAUCCACACGUACUCCAGCCCCACCUUCUGUGACCACUGCGGGUCGUUGCUGUACGGGCUCAUUCACCAGGGGAUGAAAUGUGACACCUGUAUGAUGAACGUGCACAAGCGCUGCGUGAUGAACGUCCCCAGUCUGUGUGGGACGGACCACACCGAGCGUCGGGGACGGAUAUACAUCAGGGCUGACAUCGAGAAGGAUGUGCUCACCGUCGUAGUAAGAGAUGCUAAAAACUUAGUUCCUAUGGAUCCUAAUGGCUUGUCAGAUCCCUACGUGAAGCUUAAACUAAUCCCUGACCCCAAAAACGAAAGCAAACAGAAGACCAAAACUAUCAAGUGCUCUCUGAAUCCUGAGUGGAAUGAGACAUUUAAAUUCCAACUGAAAGAGGCGGACAAAGACAGGCGGUUGUCUGUGGAGAUUUGGGACUGGGAUCUGACCAGCAGGAAUGAUUUCAUGGGCUCCUUGUCCUUCGGGAUUUCUGAGCUGCAGAAGUCGGGAGUCGAUGGCUGGUUUAAGCUGCUGAGCCAGGAGGAGGGGGAGUAUUUCAACGUCCCGGUGCCUCCUGAAGGAGAAGAAGGAAACGAGGAACUGAGGCAGAAAUUUGAGAGAGCCAAGAUUGGAACAGGGUCCAAGGCUGCGGAUGAGAAGACAACAAAUGCCAUUUCUAAAUUCGACAACAACGGGAGCAGAGAUCGGAUGAAACUUUCGGAUUUCAAUUUCCUGAUGGUGCUGGGAAAAGGAAGCUUUGGGAAGGUGAUGCUGGCAGAGAGGAAGGGCACAGACGAGCUCUACGCCGUUAAGAUCUUGAAGAAGGAUGUCGUUAUCCAGGACGACGACGUAGAGUGCACAAUGGUUGAAAAACGCGUCCUAGCUCUCUCCGGGAAGCCUCCGUUCCUGACCCAGCUCCACUCCUGCUUUCAGACGAUGGAUCGCUUGUAUUUUGUGAUGGAAUAUGUGAAUGGUGGGGACUUAAUGUACCAGAUCCAGCAGGUUGGGAGGUUUAAAGAGCCACAUGCUGUAUUCUACGCAGCAGAAAUAGCCAUCGGCCUCUUCUUCCUGCAGAGCAAAGGCAUCAUUUAUCGAGACCUAAAGCUGGACAACGUGAUGCUGGAUAGCGAGGGGCACAUAAAGAUCGCAGACUUCGGCAUGUGCAAGGAGAACAUCUGGGACGGGGUGACUACCAAGACCUUCUGCGGCACUCCGGACUACAUUGCACCUGAGAUAAUUGCUUAUCAGCCCUAUGGGAAGUCCGUGGAUUGGUGGGCAUUUGGAGUCCUGCUGUAUGAAAUGUUAGCUGGCCAGGCUCCCUUUGAGGGAGAAGAUGAAGACGAGCUCUUCCAGUCCAUCAUGGAGCACAACGUAGCCUACCCCAAGUCCAUGUCCAAGGAGGCAGUGGCAAUCUGCAAAGGGCUGAUGACCAAGCACCCUGCCAAGCGACUGGGAUGUGGCCCAGAAGGGGAGCGGGACAUCAAGGAGCACGCGUUCUUCCGCUACAUCGACUGGGAUAAGCUGGAGCGCAAGGAGAUCCAGCCUCCCUUCAAGCCAAAGGCUUGUGGACGCAAUGCUGAAAACUUCGACCGGUUUUUCACUCGCCAUCCACCCGUCUUAACACCUCCUGACCAGGAAGUCAUCAGGAACAUUGACCAGUCAGAAUUCGAAGGAUUUUCCUUUGUUAACUCUGAGUUUUUUAAACCUGAAGCCAAGAGCUAAGUAGCUGUGUAGAUCUCAUUCCUGCAUCUCUAUCAUCCAGUCCCAACUGCUGUUGUGGUGACAUUUUCCAUUGCAAAACUUGCAUUCAUGGUUUUUCUUUAGUACUACUACUAGAGUGACCAUAUUUCAAAGCCCAAAGUGUCUUCACAUGAUUUGGGGCGUGCCUGAAGGGUGGGUGAUGUGCAGUAAGCGCUGCAGAUGUGCUUUUAUGACAUUUUAUUUGUAGCAAAUGAAAACAGUUCAUUGGCUAACGGAGGUAAAAUGGAGAGGUGUAAGCCGUGACAAUUAGGAGAAAUCUCUUCAGCGUGUGCUUUGAUUCCUGCUCUUCCCUUUUUCUAGUCUUUUAAUAUAAUCAUGAAAAUUCACUAUUUAGCCUUCUUAGCCUUAGUGGCAAGUAAGUGUUUUUAAGGAAACCUUUCCCUGGUGUGAACGCGCACCCCGCAGCGCGGGUGCUGCCGGCUGAGCCUCUCAGCUCCUCCCAGAACCGAGCAGUUGCUCCGGAGAGCUGAAAUGCCGAUUCUGGCUUCUUUUCUAGCUCUGUCCUGCUGUUUGGUGAAACCCGCCGCAGCACCCCUUGCCGCCGUAGGCUCGUACGGACGUGGGUUUGGGCAGGCGUGGUUCUCUGCGCUGGGUCUUCAGCAGCAGUGAUAAAUUAUUAGGGAAGCCAGGUCUGCUGUUUGCAAAGAUUUCUCCUGAUUGUGCAGUUUCUAAGUAGCAUUUUUUAAAUCAAAAGAAACAUAUCCAAUUGUAAAUGGGAGAUUUGAAGGAGCUGUUGCAGAUGCUUUCGAAUCCGUGGUCACCCUAGUAAAUACCACACAACAUCGGUUCUCAUAGCAAAACUUUUUUUCAAAUGCCAAAGCAAUUGAUUGAGUUUGUUACCUGCGCUUUAAAUGUGUCAAAAAAUGGUAUUAACACAAAUGGGAUGCUAUUUAACUUUGAACAGUAUUGUGAAUUCUGAUAUGAAGCUUGUAAAGAAACUUGUUUCAACUAAUAGUCCUACUUUUAAAAAAUGCCGCUAGAUAUUUAAAUGGCCUAAGUUUUGUUUCUCGCAUCAAAGAAAACGUUUCAGGAAGGGUGAACUUCUCUUGAAACAAUAACAAUCACGCAGCUUCCUUUUAUACUAUUCUGCAGAUGUUCGUGGGCUGUCACUGUAUCAAUCUGCUUUAAGUUGUAAUGUGCCAUUUUUUUUUUCCCAGUACUGAUUAUAAAAUAAAAAGUGAGAAAUAAU